UUCUCCAACGCAAGUUGGCGCCCACGUGACCCCUGCGGACCAAUAGGGUGGACCUUUAGGUUUAACUAUGUUUAAUGUCAGAUAGCAAUAAACUAGAAGCUCUUGGUCAGGCCCGCGGAAAUGGGCGAACAUAAUCUCCUUAAUCCUGGGUUUGUGGGACCGUUGGUGAACAUCCAUACGGGAGACACCUUCUAUUUCCCCAAUUUCCGAGCCUCCGGAGGACAGCUGCCCGGCUUGCCGUCUCUCUCCUACCCAAGAAGGGACAAUGUCUGUUCUUUGCCCUGGGCAUCCUCAGAACCCUGCAACGGAUACCCCCAGCCCUAUCUCAGCAGCCCCGUGUCUAUUAACCCUUCCUUCAGCCGAGCCUGCGACCUAGCUAGAGUGGAAGAGAGCAAGUGCUACUAUAGGGAGGCGUGCUCCGAGAACGCUCCCCUCAAAAGGGAAGAGAGGGUUAGGGACAAUGCCUUGAUGCCUCUCGAAUCGGGGAUCCCCAAUGGAAUGAGCGGCAGUUUCGGCAAAUUUGACUAUCCGGCUCCCGAGGCGGUGCCCCACGAUCCCCCCUCUUGUCAGUCUUUGGAGUCAGACUCCAGCUCCUCCUUACUCAAUGAAGGCAAUAAGGGCGCCACCAGCGAGCCGUCCACAAUGGUUUCCCCUAUCAACCAAGGAAGCAAUCUUUCCGCUGGGGGUGCUCCCUGGUACCCGAUGCACACAAGGUCCCGGAAAAAGCGAAAACCCUAUUCUAAACUACAGCUAGCGGAGCUGGAAGGGGAGUUUAUGGUCAAUGAAUUCAUUACUCGCCAAAGAAGGAGGGAGCUUUCAGAUCGGUUAAACCUGAGUGACCAGCAGGUGAAGAUCUGGUUCCAGAACCGGCGUAUGAAAAAGAAAAGACUCCUCCUGAGAGAGCAAGCCCUUUCCUUCUUUUAAAGUUCAGACAAGUCCGCUAUCGGGUAAAAAAA